AUGCGAAAGGAAACCCUGACGCACUCGCACACGUUUGGCGGCCACGCCGGCGAGCGCCCGCUCACGCGGCAGGACCUCAAACACGCGACGCGCAUCGUCGUCAAGAUGGGCACGAGCGUCGUGUCCACGAACGGCGAGCCCGCGCUCGGCCGCAUCGCUUCCGUCGUCGAGCAAGUGUGCGUGCUCAAGCGCCAAGGCAAAGAAGUGCUGCUCGUCACGAGCGGCGCCGUCGGUAUCGGCCGCAAGCGGCUGAACAAGCAGAUCCUGCUCUCGGCCUCGCUGCGCACCCACGUCCAGGGCAACCAGCAGAUGCUCGCGCUCGAGAAGAAACAAGGCGCGAUGGCUGCAGCCGGUCAGAUCGGACUCAUGUCGCUCUACGAGACGCUCUUCUCGCUCUACGACGUCGCGUGCUCGCAGGUGCUCGUCACGGCCUCGGACUUUAAGACGGCGCAGAACCGCGCCAACAUGCGCGACACGAUGCUCAAUCUGCUCGAGCUGGACGUCGUCCCGAUCGUGAACGAGAACGACGCCGUGAGCGCGUCGCCCGACGGGACCGUCUUUACCGACAACGACUCGCUCGCGGCGUUAGUAGGCGGUGAGAUUGACGCGGACUUGCUCUUGCUGUUGACAGACGUGGACGGACUGUUUACAAAGCCGCCGAGUGAACCCGGUGCGCGCGUGAUUUCCGUGUUCCGACCGGAACAUGUGAACUUUUGUAUCGGGGACAAGUCGAGUGUCGGACGAGGCGGCAUGGGCGCCAAAAUCCAAGCAGCACAGAAGGCGAUUGCGCAAGGCGUGAACGCAGUGGUGAUUGCUAGCGGCUUCCGCUACGGCGUCGUGGGGUCAAUCAUGAAAGGCGCGAGUCUCGGCACGCUGUUUGUGGCGAAUCCAGGCGUCGCGUCGCCAGAGUCCAUGUCGGCUGAAGAGAUGGCGAAUGCAGCGCGGGAAGGCUGCCAUCAGCUGCAGGCGCUGUCGUCGGCUGAGCGCGCGGACAUUUUGUUUCGUAUCGCGCAUGAGCUGGAGCACAAUACGACUGUGAUCUUGCAGGCGAACCGAAAAGAUUUGGUUGCAGCACAGAAAGCGGCGACGGAUGAAGGGCUCGUGGCGCGGUUGAAGCUCUCGGAGGAGAAACUAAAGAUUCUGGCGGAUGGGAUCCGCAGCAUCGCGGAAGCAGACGAGCCCAUUGGACGGAUGCUGAAACGCACCGAGCUGGCGUCUGGACUCGUCUUGCAUCAGGAGACUGCGUCGAUUGGCGUGCUGCUUGUCAUUUUUGAGAGCCGCCCCGACUCGCUACCGCAGAUCGCUGCCCUUGCUUUGCGCAGUGGCAAUGGUCUGUUGCUAAAAGGUGGAAAGGAAGCUCGCCACAGCAACGCUGUUCUACACCGGAUCAUUGUGAACGCCGUGGAGGAGACCACGCACGGCAAAGUGAAGAAAGACGUCGUCGGACUCGUCACUUCGCGCGAGGAAAUCGCUGACCUUUUGUGUCUGGACGAUGUGAUCGACUUGUGUAUCCCACGCGGCUCAGGGUCCAUGGUGAGUCACAUCAAGAAAAACACGCGCAUUCCUGUCCUUGGCCACGCCGAGGGCGUUUGCCAUAUGUAUAUCCACGGUGCGGCCGACGUGAAGAAGGCGGUUGAUCUCGCUAUCGAUGCCAAGGCGGACUACCCUGCUGCCUGCAAUGCCCUCGAGACGCUCCUGGUUGAUGAAGCGCUCGUAACUAGUGGACACGUGAAGAACAUUAUGGAAAAGAUGGAGGAAGCUGAGAUCAACCUGCACAUUGCGCCUAACGCAGCCAAACUGGGUGUUGCCACCGUGAAGUCACGUCCAACCCAUUCGCUCUCUACGGAGUAUGGUACAAAGGACAUUACUAUCGAAGUUGUCAACGGCAUCGACGCUGCUAUUUCGCACAUCAACUUGCACAACAGUGGCCACACUGAGUGCAUUGUGACAGAAGAUGCUGCUGCUGCAAGGCAGUUCCUGCAGCUGAUCGACAGUGCGUGCGUCUUCCAUAACGCCAGCACUCGCUUUGCUGACGGCUACCGGUUCGGAUUGGGAGCCGAGGUCGGCAUCAGCACGGGUCGCAUUCACGCUCGUGGUCCUGUCGGCGUGGAAGGUUUGUUGACGACAAAGUGGAAACUUGUAUCAGAAAGCGGUCACACUGUCUCGCAAUUCUCGGGUGCUAAGAACGACCGUCCGCUAAAGUUCACGCACAAAAAGCUGGAGCUGGUCCAGCAGGAAGCUGGUGUUGCUCGCCCACGGAGUAGCCGCUUAUAA